UUACUCCAGUAGUUUGUGCACGCAGGACUGGGAAGUAAGUGUUCGUGUGUUUUCUAACUCUUUUUUAGUGCUCGUUAAUUAGUAGAACACAUUCGUUUACUUUUGGCAGAGCGACACCUUACAAUAUUAACUGUUAACACGUUUUGUCGUGUUUUUUUUCAUUCAGUGAAUUCCUAUUCAUUGUGUAACUGAUCGCAGAUCCCAUUUGAACGGUGAGGCAUGUGCAGGUACUGUGUCGUGUGACUCGGAGAACUGCCUGAAUCGUGUGCAAGUGAAGAGUAUUUUGUCUGGCAGAAUGUCCAGUUUUGUGAGACAUACAGUCGCACAAACUGGGAUCUGAACGGUGAAGUGCUGUUUGCUACAUCACGUACAAACUCUAUGUAACGGUCCUUCUGGCGUAGCCUGUAGUCAUGCAGCAAGAACAUUUGUUCAAAGUUCUUGUGAUUGGAGACCUCGGAGUCGGAAAAACGUCCAUCAUCAAGCGCUACGUUCAUCAGAUCUUCUCUCAGCAUUACCGCGCUACUAUAGGCGUCGACUUUGCGCUCAAAGUCUUGAACUGGGACAGCCAGACGGUCAUCCGCCUGCAGUUAUGGGACAUUGCUGGGCAGGAGCGUUAUGGCAAUAUGACACGGGUGUACUACCGAGAGGCUGUGGGGGCACUUAUAGUGUUCGAUGUGACCAGAGCCUCUACAUUUGAUGCAGUGCUGAAGUGGAAAGAUGACCUGGACUCAAAGGUUACUCUCAGCAAUGGCAAACCAGUCCCAGCGGUUCUGCUGGCCAAUAAAUCUGACCAGUUACGGGAGGGUGUCUGUCCUCAGAUUCCCAAACUGGACACAUUUUGCAAAGAAAACGGAUUCGUGGGAUGGUUUGAAACCUCAGCCAAGGAGAACACAAAUAUUGAAGCAGCAGCCAGAUGCUUGGUACAGCACAUUCUGGCCCAUGAGGAGAGCACUGUCAGCGACUCCGAUCCAGACACAGUGACCCUGCCCGGCUAUAACAAUAACACCAAAGAUCGUGGCCGGGCCAGAUGCUCCACAUGCUCCAAAUACUGAGACCUGUGCUGAGGAGGAACAGAAGUCAAAGAGAGAGAGAGAGAGAGAGAGGGAGAAAGAGAGAGAGCUGGAGGAAGACAUGAUGGGCAUCAUUUUUUGAAUGUUGAUGCCUUUUCCCAACAACAACAUGCAGUGAAGAACAAAAAACAAAAUAUUAAGAGGAGGAAUAAGAAGAGGCCUUGUUGAUGUUCGUAGCAGAUACUACACACUUGCAGUGGAGUUGGUGCACAGCAGCGGAGCGUGUGCACAGACAAUACCAAUAUUUUCCAGGCUCAAAAGAACAUUAUGAACAAAAAUCAUGAAAUAUCUGUGCACUGUCAUGUUUCUCAUGUAUUUUAUAAGUAGCACAACACUAAGUAUGUUGUUGGACCAACUGCUUCUUGAGUAAAUGUGAAACCAAGA